AUGCAGUUCCCCAAUUCUGAUCUUAAACACAGCUGGAAUGCCGUGCUUGUCGACGGCACGUGGCGCCUCGUUGACUGCAAUUGGGCGGCCCAUGCCGAAUUCGGUAAAGGUGCCAAAGUGGGAAAAGUAACAUAUAAGCUGGACACCUUCUACUUCCUCACUGACCCAAUUCAGCUUAUAUAUACGCACUUUCCGCAUGAAACUGACUGGCAACUGCUGCACCAGCCAAUCACUUCAAAGGUAAGCACUCAGUCAUCGCUCUUCUCCACUGGACAACCCAAAUGCAUUAUAAUUGUGACUGGAAUUGCAAAUAUAACGAAAGAUUUUACCAAAUCUUAG